CGGAGGCGUGGUUGUGAAGGCGGCGUUGCUUCCGGUCGGCGGAGGCGGGGCCUGAAGCACUCCGGGGGCGGGCCCCGGAAACACGAUCUUCACCCCUUGGUUGCGACAGUGACCUCGACCCGGCCGCGACCCCGACCUCGGUACACCUGUAUGGCCCUGCACGUCUUCCUGACGGGGCCCCCAGGAGUUGGAAAAACAACAUUGAUCCAGAAAGCCAGUGAGGUUUUAAAGUCCUCUGGUAUACCUGUCGAUGGAUUUUAUACAGAAGAAGUCAGACAGGGAGGGAGAAGAAUAGGAUUUGAUGUUGUCACGUUAUCUGGCCCACGGGGGCUUUUGUCUAGAGUUGGGUUAGAACUUCUGCCUGGAAAACGUGAAUGCAGAGUUGGCCAGUAUGUAGUGGAUCUGACUUCCUUCGAGCAGUUGGCACUUCCUGUCUUGAGGAAUGUCCCAACAGUGGCCCAGGGCAGAGAGUGUGUGUCAUCGAUGAGAUUGGGAAAAUGGAGCUCUUCAGUCAGCCCUUCAUCCAGGCUGUUCAUCAGACACUGGCCACCCCAGGGACUGUGGUCCUUGGCACGAUUCCAAUACCUAAAGGAAAACCGCUGGCCUUUGUGGAAGAAAUAAGACACAGAAACGACGUGAAAGUGUUCAAUGUCACCAAGGAAAACAGAAACCACCUCUUGCCAGCUAUUGUGACAUGUGUGCAGAGCAGCAGGAAGUGAGGACAGUUUGUGUUACAGCUUUUCUGCACAUGAAGAAAUGCGCCAGAUGAAGAGCUGAGCAGUGCCCUGCAUGUCAUCGUUUUAUACCUUCAGGUUUAUGAAACCUUGUGGAUUUUUCCAAAGAAAGCCUGACAGCUGGUUUCCAUAAAAUGUUUGAGAUCAAAUUAGCCUUAAUGCUGGAUUGGCUCUACAAGAUUAACAAUCCAUUGUGACUUAUUUAUGCUGAGAGGUUUCUGUUUAUUUCCUCUUGCAGUUAUGCGUAUGAUUUGGGUAAAUUAUGAAAUGAAAAAUGGUUUUCAUAGUAUUAGAUGGAAUUUGCCCCCAUUGAAGUCUAUAAAUGUGUUCAGGGAAAGGGGGAGGGAAGAGUUCACUACCUAAUCAAUUUUGCAUGUCAUGAAAAUUAAAUCCCUCUCCAGGUGCAGCUGCUAUCUUGUGCAGCUUAAAGUGAUACCAGUUAUUUGGUUUUUAAAAUUAUUUCAGAAGAAAACCAUUUUAGGUCCUCUCCAACCCAUUUCUUACUGCUUGCUUAUUGCUUAAUAAAAUAAAAAAAAUAAAUGUGAUGAUUACA